AUAGAAACUGGUUUUAGUCUAACCAUCAGCGAAAGCCUCGACAAGACAGGUAAGAACGCUCUCUGCUCGUGGAACUUUCCUAACUAGAGCGCUUCUGGAUUUCUGGAUCUUAAAAGAGAUUUAAGUCUCGGAGCAGCUUACACCCAGCCAAAGUCAGAAUGAGCACUGGCGGAACCGGGGACCCACCUCCGUAUGUCAUACCAGUAGAGGGUGCCAAGGGCUCCAAUGUCAAGGUGUAUCAUGUGCACACUCCGUUCAACCCAUCGAGCUCCACUAUCGGAGAUUCUCGGACGCAGAUGGAAUCAGCCAGACCUGUUCAAUCAACGGAAACCAAAAACAAAUUUGUCAGCUACGAAUCAUAUGAGCUGGGUCGCAAUCCAGGAAUGGCCACCUGCACAAACUGCCAGCAGCAGGUCCUAACCAAAGUCACCUACAAAGUAGGGGUUUACGCCUGGCUGAUGUGUUUACUCCUCAUCCUGUGCGGGUUUGUUUUAUUCUGCUGUCUGAUUCCGUUCUUCAUGAAGUUUUUCAAAGACGCCUAUCACACAUGCCCAAAUUGCAAUAAAAUCCUGCACAUCGAAAAGAAGCGAUGCUGCUAACCCCAUCCCAUCCCUUCCCCAAUUUUAACACCACUCAUGGAUUGUGUGGCACCUUACGCUAUAUGAAGGACUGGAGGACACUUUCAGGCCAACGCAGAUGUCAUCUAGUACAAACCUGCUUGUAUAAACUAAAGCUUUGUGAUCUUUGAGAACCUUUUGGUGUUCAUCUGGCUUAGUCUUUAUUGUUAUUGCUUUAUAUGAAGUAAUACAUUGCAUUAUCACAUUAUCAAAUGAAUAUGAAUACUCAUUGUUUUGAUUGUAUAUCUAUAAAGGACUCAUGGUUAAGGGUUCAGACGCCUGAGGAGUUUGUGGAACCAGAAAUUACGUGAAGUACAUACCAGUCAUUUUGACAUCACUGUAUCACUUAAAACAGAUUUUCUUAAACAAAGGGCAAACUUUAAACGGGAUUCAAGAUGAAUUUAAAUUAUAUAAAUUAAGACAACGCAAUAACUGAAAUUAGCUAUUUAAAACGGUUCUUAUUUUAAUUUACUCCAACUUUUUUUUUUUUUUGGAAAACCAGGGUUUCCACAUAAAGGCUCUUGGUAUUGAUGGUUUGGUCCACUGGAGAAAAUGAAAGCGUUAAAAUGAAAAUUUAUUUAGAGAAACAAAAUGGCUCUUUUAUGGCACCGCCAUACAUCCACCAGAAACUUUUAUUUUUAAAAAAACAAAAAGCCAGGAUAUAUGAAGUCUUCAUUUGAACGCAUCAUUUCCGGAGCUGAAAAUGUGUAAACUCAUAAUUUUUUAUAAAGGACUGUCAUUUUGUAGUUGUCAAGCUCUAAUUUUACCAGCUUUAACUUUUUUUUUUAUUUAUUUUUUUUACUUGUUUCAAACAUUUGGAAAAAAGUUUUUGAAUAUUGUUGGGGGCAAUGGAACUUGAAAUGGUUGACAACCAUCAAUUCAGAACAAGAUCUCAUAAAUAAAAACAAUAGAAAUCAUACUUUCAAAAUACACUACACUGCUAAAGUUUACUUAUUGUUUAGCAAUUUAUCACUUAUGUAAAAAGCCUGAAUCUUCAUAACGUGUGUGCAUGUAAAUGGAGCUGUCUUACCAAUAAAACUGAACGUGUUUGUGCAAUAUACCUUAA